AAAAAAAAAAAAAAAAAAAAUCUGCUUAGUUAUCCUUAGCACCAAUGCUCUAACGCUUAACUGUAAUACCACAACCAGAACAACAAUGGCGGCCGUCUGUAAGUCACUUCAAUUUUCCCCUUUCUCUCUCCUCCUCCUCCACUCUUCAAAGCGUCUUCCCAUCCCAUAUUUUCAACCCACAAAAUGUUUCCUCCCUCAAACUCGACCCUUCUCUUCUCCUUCAACCCCUUUCCCUCUACAAUACGACAUGAUUAUUUCCCACCCUUCUCCCCGAGUUUCCCCCACCAAACUCCCUUCUCCUCCUCACUCAAAACCCACAAAUUUAUCCGAUUCUGAUUCGCCAGAGCCCGACCCAUCUUCCAGUUUCGAGGAUUGGGUUGACAUGAAACUUACCCAGAAUGAUAAUGUAAGAUUCAGUAAAGCUAAUAGUGUCAAUAGGUUGGAGGGGUUGGAUAAGGCUAAGAGGAAAUUUUACAAGAAAAGGGAAAAAAGAAUGUUUGGCGAUGAUUCUGAUGAUGAGAGGAGGAAGAUUAGGGAAAAGGGCGAAUUCGUCGAAUUGAGGCCUGAAGUUGUUGAGCCAAGAACAUUGCAUAAGAGAGAAGAAGAGUUGUAUUUCUAUGAUGCUUUGGCUUUUCCUUGGGAAAAGGAUAAGCAUUAUAAGAUGAUGUAUCAAUUGGAGAAGAAGUAUUUUCCUGAUCAGUGUUUAGAUAAGGCAUUUUUAGAACCCGGGCAAUCAAUUUCGAGUGAUUCAAAAGGGCGGGCGAAGAAGAAGAGGGUUGAUAGUGUGGGGAAGGGUGAGGAGGAUAAAGGGUUGGUUUUCUUUGAGGAAGGAAGUGAUGGUGGGAAGGUUAGUGGGGGUGGGGUUAAGGAUGUAUUUGAGAAGAAGGUAGAGGAGUUUUUUAAGUGUUUGAAGAAAGUCCCUAAUAAGAAUGAUGAAGUUUGUGGUGUUGAUCAGCCUUUUUUGGCUUCUAGAACUUCUGGAUUACCUCAUAAAUGGGAUAGUCCUGCUGGAACUGUUGUUUUAGUGAACAAGCCUAAAGGUUGGACCUCAUUCACAGUCUGUGGCAAGCUGCGUCGUCUGACUAAAGUCAAAAAGGUAGGACAUGCCGGAACACUAGACCCUAUGGCUACUGGCCUGUUGAUUGUUUGUGUUGGGAAAGCUACUAAAUUGGCUGACAAGUAUCAGGGUAUGAUUAAGGGCUACAGUGGAGUUUUCCGUCUAGGGGAGGCAACUUCCACUUGGGAUGCAGAUUCACCGGUAAUUCAACGGGAACCAUGGGAACAUAUCAAGGAUGAUGACAUAAGAAAGGCUGUUGCAUCCUUUACCGGUGAAAUUUGGCAAGUUCCUCCUAUGUUUUCUGCAAUCAAAAUUGGUGGUGAAAAAAUGUAUGAGAAAGCCAGGAGAGGAGAAAGCAUUGAACUUUCCCCUCGACGAGUUUCAAUAUUUCAGUUUGACAUUGAGCGCAGCCUAGAAGACAGGCAGAAUUUGAUAUUUCGAGUUACCUGUUCAAAAGGCACAUACGUUCGAUCCCUCUGCGCAGACUUGGGGAAGGCUCUUGGAAGCUGUGCUCAUUUAACUGCCCUGCGGAGAGACUCAAUUGGGGAAUACACUGCUGAUGAUGCCUAUGAAUUCCAAGAACUAGAGGAUCAAAUUACAAAAAGGUACCUCUAGCUGCACAAAUCCAUGUUGCUUCUGACAAAGGUUUAGAGCGGUUUUUUUGUUUAUACUUUGGGAAGUUAUGCUAUUGUUUUUUUGUAGAAGUACAACGGAUAGUAAAUCUGAGUCAUAUUAAACAUUGUUAAUUUUGGAUAUUAGAUUAGUACAGAAAAAUAGUAGAUCGAGUUCAUUGAAACAAACAUUAGUAUAUCAGAUGUCCUGUCCUCAGGCACUUUUGAAAGCCUGUAUCUUGCAUUAAUUUAUUUUUCAAUGCUUGUUUGAUGCUCUUUUAACUGUGGAAGUAGUAAUGUAAAAUCUUUCCUACCUAUACCAUUACAUUAUGUUAAGUAACAGCUUUGUGGUGCGAAA